AUGCCGAGCCCGGCGAUCCUGGAAAAACAAAAGGUGGUGCCUAUGAUCUUCCGGCGCCACGGCGACACAGCACCGAAGACCCGUGGACACGCACUGGGUAACGCUAAACCUGCAUCGUUCUACAUCCGAGAGCUCGAGCGUCAAGGCGACACGGGGAGCUCUACGCUGUUGGCCGCAUCUGUACUCACGGCCACUCGCCCGUUCAAUCCGAAGUUCAUCGCGAACGACAAGAAAGUGUUGCGUUUCGAAGCGUACUUCCUUGAAGCAGUGCAUGAGAGCAAUAUGGAGAACUACCGAGUGCGGCGCUGCGAAGUGCUAUACUACCUCGAAGACGAUACCUUGCAAAUCACGGAGCCCAAAGUCGAGAACAGCGGUAUCCUGCAGGGCAACUUUGUCAAGCGGCACCGCAUCCCGAUGCCUGAGAGCGAUGAUCGUGGCAACAUGCAAUUCUUCACUGUGCGUCAUCUCAACGUGGGCGAAGAGCUGACCUUCUACGGACGAACGUUCCAUCUCAUUUCAGCUGACGAGUUCACACGAAACUAUCUCGUCUCGCAAGGGAUCUAUGUGCCUCCUGAUGAGGAUGUACCCCGCGACCCAUACACUGUGUUGCGUCAAGCGCACAUGGCCCGUGAGACUGGCCAGGACCCUGAUGCACACUACGGCAAGAAGAAGUACCCGAUGAAGGACUUCAUGGAGGCUACAUUGGGCAAGUUCGCACGGCCAAGCGACCACCUGCGCCGCUUUCUGGCACACGACCGCGAAGUGCUGCGCUUCUUCGCUAUCUGGGACGACACGGAAAAGCUCUACGGCAUCCGCCACCGCUACACGCUGCACUUCUUCCUGGCCGACAACACGAUCGAGAUUCUCGAGUCCUACGAGCGCAACUCGGGGUGCGACCCGUUCCCGAAGCUACUUAACCGCACGAAGCUAUCGAAAGACCCAGAGCGUCAAGCUUGCGCAGCCGUGUGUGAGGAAGGGGUCGACGGCGAAGACGUCACCCCGACAGUGCAGCAUAAUUACUACUCAUGGGAAGACCUGGCUAUCGGCGAGUACUUGCAGAUUUAUAACCGACGCAUUCUACUGCUGGAUGCUGACGACUCCACACGUGAUUGGUACGAGAGACACAACAUGCGCCUCGCUCCUGCUGUCACCGUCAAGGAGGAAGUCCGUCCGCCACCCGUCUUCACACCACCUGCACACGAUGGUAUGGGCUCCGAGGAGGAUUCGCUGCAGUCGUGCUACCACUUGCUGCCAAAAGCGCCGCUCAAGAGCAUCGAGUCGCUGGACACGACCGAGGUGCUCCGUUUCCGCGCGCGCUUCGAUACAGACGCACCGGAGGACGUUGCGCGCCGCUUUGUUAUCUCCCUCAUCGUGUCCGACCAGAGUGUGUCCAUUAUUGAGUUCAUUCAACGCAAUUCCGGCAUCGUGGGCGGGAAGUUCCUCGAGCGCACGCGAAUCAAGCGCACCCGGCCCGAUGGAUCCGUUGAAACCACCGAUGGUCACAGCUCGUGGCUCGGUCUGGACGACUUCUACGUCGGAGCCCGCGUUCGCAUGGUAGGCCGCGUCUUCGUGCUUUUCGAGAUGGACGAGUAUAGCGCCAAGUAUAUGGAGGCACGCCCAGCCAAGUUUGCGCGCUCGGACAAACUUGCAGUGCUGCGAAAAGUGCGCGACCAGCUCGACAAGUCUGCUCUACUAGCACACGUCGGUGAUCUCCAGAAGAAGCAGAACCAGGUCGAUGCCGAAGAGUUCACGUCGUUGAUGAGCAACCUCGUCGCCGACUUCGCGCAGCACGACGCCAUCACUAUCAUCCGCAACUUCGGCGACAGAGCAGCGAUGAAGAUCGACCUGGAGGCGCUCCCACAGCUACUAGGCUAG